AUGCUUUACCCAUUGAAGGAGCUCCAAGAAAUUACUCCAUCGCAGAUGCAACAAUUGGAAGUUAUCAUCAAAGGGGUAGAGACCAUUAUGAAUCCAAACAUUUCCGAAGAAAGUCCAAACGAAAUGAAACACCCAGAAAUUACUCAAGAGGAUACAGCGGAACCUACAGUGCAGGAAAACCUUACCACGGAGUGUUUGUCAGGUAUUCUACAGCAAUGGGGGAAAGAGGCUGGUUUACCAGUAAGCCUUGGUGUAGUCGACACCAAAAGAAAGCAAGUUUACCUUAUCGACUCAACUACUCCAUCCACAAUCAUCUGGAUGCAAAAUUCUGGAGAGGGGAAGUGGAAUGGCUUCGGCCGACAGCGUAAAGGGCUUGGAGAUUCUAAGGGCAUAAAAGUCGACAUACAUUCCCACAAUUCCCCAAAUUUUUACGACAUCACUGAUCAAGAAUCGAUUAAGGAAAAAUUUCGAAUACUUAUUGCAGAUGAUGAUAUAACUCUGUUUACCGACUAUGUCCAGUACCUGACAGUGCGCGCAGACGCUGAUGAAGAAUUGAAACUUCUUCUUGGAAAAUGGAUACAGGGAGAAGUUAUGCAGCCGGCAGAUAUCGGUAAUCUGACAGCUCGUCACUGGUUCAACGAUUGGUUAUGCAAUUAUAAGCGGAGGGAUGCUUCCGAUAUGUCAGCUGGAGACGAAAUAGCUGCAAUGGAGAUACCAGAGACACAAGUGACAGAGGCUAGUGAUAGCAUGCACAAGCAUAUAGGAGCAGCGUCAAACUAUCCAAAGUUAUCGAACGUUCUCAACCGAACACCCAAGAGGAAAGCGAAAGAUGUCUCCUCCAUGGGCACAACAUCUUCGAGUAGAGUGGGAGCAGCAAAGACACCAAGGUUGCAAGUCGAUACCAGGGAGAAUAGCGUUGGAGGCGGCGCAGAAGAUUCUCUCUCGAACGCAGAGUCCGGAGAGUCUAAGGAAAUACCAGAAUCGGUCAAUUCUCAGAAUACAGGAGAGUUGAUUGAUUCUACUGCACCCGGUCCAAGAUUGGAGAUACCAGAUAGCGAAGAAGCGCUCCUUGAAGCAAAGCUAUCCAUGAUACGAUCAAUAUUCUGUCGACCAAAAGACAAUAGAGAGGGAAGAAAAGAGAAGACAUGA